AUGAACCUCACUACCCUCCUUCUCACUUUAUUCUCUGUUCUGGUUAGCCCUUCCUUUGUCUUGGCAAAUUACGAGAGUAACACUUUCACGGCUCCACUCGCUGGUGAUAUAGUUACUGCCGGGACUGGUUUUCAAGUUCGUUGGAUUAAUCUCGAUGGUGGUAUUGUUAACUUGGUUCUCGUUCGUGGUACUCCAAACAGCCUGAAGACAAUUGGCGCCUUGGCCGCUGGGAUCCCAAAUACUGGCGUCUUUAAUUGGAAUGUUCCUUCUAACUUGGAAGCCGGAACCGAUUAUUCCAUUGAAAUCCAGUCCGGUGCCGAGAAGAACUUCACUCCAUUGUUCACUAUCAUCAACCGGGGACCUGCCUUUUCUUCCACUACGUUCAGCCGUUCCGUUUUGCCGGCCACUAUAUUUGCUGAGAAGACGACUGAAGGUGGAGCAGUUCUUACUGAGUCUUACCCGAUUAGUUCCCCCACUCAUGCAUCUCAACCAUAUCAAACCGUCAUCGCCUCGUCGUCAACAAUCAUAGUCUUCCCAACCCCAGCUGAUGAGGACUUACCUCCAGAACCCAAGCAACCAAUCCCUCCGAGUCCCAAAUAUACAUACACUGGUGGAAAGAUUAUUACCUUGGACCCCUCUCCAAAGCCAAGAUACUCUUCGACUACUGUCACCUACGAAAGGGUUAUCCCGACAACCUUCAAUGGUACCGCAACAGCAUUCACCAUUAAUAGAACUAGGACUACUAGCACAUGGAUAACUCCGACCGCAGGAGGAUAUUCUAACCAUGCUUUCGUCGGUGUCCCAAUUUCCUUGGCUAUUGCUGUUGCUGGUCUUAUGAUUAUACUCUGA